UAUGGAUUUUCUAAUACUCAGGGCUAAUGGUAGGAGACAAAGAUAAGGGAUGGUGAACUUUAUAACAGGGUGACCCAGCCCACAUGCUGGAGCGGUGGCUACGAUGGGUAAUUAGCUGUCCAUCGGUUACCUGCCCCGAGGCGCAGGAUAAUGCUCUUACCGAGCUUACUCACCAGCCCCAAAAGGACAUUAAGACGGCCACUAUGUGCGGGAUCCGAGCCAAUUCUCAGCGUUACACAAGGGAACAGAGAAGUUGCCUUUAGUUACAAACCCAAAACUGGAAUGUUCUCAAUUACUUGCAUCUGGUAGCUGUGAAAUACACAAUGCAGGUUCCUGAACAGGCUAUUUAUACUAGCUAUGGGUAGCCUACACUAGGCCCUGUGAUUGGGUCAAAGCAAAGUAACAAAGCAGCCAAUGAAAAGGUAGACCUGUUAGAAUCAUUUACAUUCGUGUUUAUGACGCCACAAUAAAAUUAAUCCAAUCCUGAGCGAGAUCUUACGAACCUCAUUUGAAUACCGCGUCUAUAAAUAAAUGUGGCCUCACUGGAGGCAACUAUUUUCUCAGCUGUCAGUGUAACUGUUAGAAUUUUUAUCGGUAAGAUGCCUGAACCCACCAAGUCAGCUCCAGCCCCAAAGAAAGGCUCGAAGAAGGCGGUGACCAAGGCGCAGAAGAAAGAUGGCAAAAAGCGUAAGCGCAGCCGCAAGGAGAGCUACUCCGUGUACGUGUACAAGGUGCUGAAGCAGGUCCACCCGGACACUGGCAUCUCGUCUAAGGCCAUGGGCAUUAUGAACUCCUUCGUCAACGACAUCUUCGAGCGUAUCGCGGGCGAGGCGUCGCGUCUGGCGCAUUACAACAAGCGCUCGACCAUCACAUCUAGGGAGAUCCAGACGGCCGUGCGCCUGCUGUUGCCCGGGGAGUUGGCCAAACACGCCGUGUCUGAGGGCACCAAGGCUGUCACCAAGUACACCAGCUCCAAGUAAACUUGCCAAGUCUUAAAGUUGAUCCUGACGGUGAUCCGGAAUUUGGCGAUGAACCCUUACCAAGAAUACGAAAGAGCAUGCUCUUAUCAACUUCAUUCUGCUCAGAGCUUUUCCACCCAUUUUUAUUCUCCCGCCCCCCCCUUUUUUUUUUCCAUUUUUAAACCACAUAUACAUACAUUUCGGGGAGGGGGGAAUACUGAAGACAAUGAAUUUUCACAAAAAUGUUCCAAAGGUUUUUUCUGGUUUCCUUGCUUUGUAAUUGGUGCAGUUUCUGUGGUGAGGAGGAGCCUACGCUCUAUCCUAAAGGCACAGAGGAAAAGAAAAAGGAAGCCUUCAAAUCCUGUCAGCUGCUAUACUUUCUUUCCCAGAAAGUCCUAUUUAAUUUGUAGUCCUCUGGGGGCAGCAUUCAGCUUUAAAGUAUUCUGGGUCUCAGAUGUCCGGUUAUCAUUCUCCCCAUCGGUAAAGGAGUCUGUCUACUCGGCUCAGGCCCCCUUUUGAGCACUCCUUCUGCUUUCCCGGGUGUCCCCAAGCAUCAAGGGCGGAGAGGAAGUAGAAAGGAAAGGAAAACCCUUCCUGGUAGAAUGUGAACUAGGUAGGAUAGAAAUAAGCGCUUUCCCUUCUGGGAAAUAACAUUUUGCCAAGAAGAAAAAUCUGAAGAGGCUGGGACUCGGAGGGGGGGAGGUGACUAGGAGGGAGUGGUCAGGAGGAAAAGAAUCAGUAGAGGUAACCAAGAAAAUUGCCUGGUAGAUGAGUGUGGGCUGAGGAUGAAGCAAUGAAGAGCCAGUAUAAAAGUAAGGAACAUUCAGUCCGAGGGGCUUGGCCCAUGUGAAAACCCCAAGCACCUCUGCUGAUUUUUACCCAAACCUGAGCUUUGUUUUUUAGGGUGUUAUGUGAAGCCUGGCCAUGGCGAGGAGCAUGAUAAGAACUUUCCCAGUGAAGCUGAGACACCAGACCAAAAAGAACUAGAAAUACACACAUUCAUUCACAGUAGAUAAUGGAGGGCAAAGAAUCUGUCCUGAAACUUGGUGCUGAGCAAGUAAACUCCACUGCUGAGAAUUUGGAAUACAAGCCAGGCUUCACACUUUUUUGUUUCAGCGUGAACAGAAUAAAAUAGGGAUUCAAAACACCUAGGCUGAUAAUUUAAUUUAGAAAUAUCCCAAACUGUUUUGGUGCCCCUUGGGCACCCGGUAAAAGCAAAUACAAAUCCUCUCUGAAACGGUAAGCUUCAUUUUAGGCCUUAAAUCCCACAAAUAAUAUAGCCAAGAAAAUGAAAGAGCAGCUUCACAACCAAAAUUAGCAAAAGACACCAUGACCAAGAACAGACAAUGGAAACCAAAACACACAUUAACAGAUACAGACUUCAAGUGACUAAUAAAUUUCCAAACGAAACCUGAAAUAUGUGAAGGAUUAAGAGAAUACAAAAAAUGAUCACAUAGUUUUGAAGCAAAUAAAUAUUUCUAGAACUUCUAUUUGUUUUCUAUAUAGAGAGAAUAAAAUUAAAAGCUUACUGGAUGAGCUUAAUAGUAAAUUGGACCCAAUUAAAGAAUUUUCAUGAAUAGCAAACCAGAUCUCAAGGAAUUAUCCAAAAUGCAGAAAGAGGGAUGUAAAAAUGAGUUUAAGAGAUCUGGAUUUGGUAAUAAAAUUGGCAUGCAUCUAACCAUAGUGGCAGGACAAACAGAAAAUGAUGCAGAUAUGAGAUUUAAAUGAUCAGGGCCCAUAAUUUUUUAGAAUUGAUGGAUUACUC